AUGAGCCGAGGAGGUGGCGGUGGUGGCGGAGAGGAUGAGAGCAAUGAUGGAAUGGUUGAUGGAUCCUUCCAUUCUCCAGCAUGGCAUGCUGCACGCCUGGCAGCCUUGCAGACCACCAACACGCUUACCUGGGAGGAGUGGAAGGCCCAAAGAAAGGAGGAGGCGAGGAAGCAGCAGGAAAUGGAUGGUUUCGAGGAGCAGCGGAUGAAGGAGUACCGGGCUCAGCUCGACAAAGAGCGAGAAGCUAGGCUAGCGCGAGGACGAAACCACGCGGAUAAACGCGGGAAGCUAAAGAAGAGCAAGGACAAGGACAAGGAUAAGAGCAAAAAGAAGAAAAAGAGCAAGCGCAAGAAGGGUGGCUCGGAAAGCGAUUCAAGCAACUCGAGCAGCAGCGAUGAUGACAGCGACAGGAAGAAGAAGAAAAAGAAGAAAUCCAAGAAAGAUUCAGAUGCUUUGAGCAGUGCGAGUGAGGAGGAGGAAGGUCCCGUUCGGCUCUCUUCCUUCCUUGAGAAGGGAGAUGACGACCUUCCAGGGUCUGACGAUGAUGAUGAGCCGCCGCCCGCUAAAGGCAAAGAAAAGGGCGGUGAUUUAUCAAGCAUUUUAGCUGAAGCGAAAAGACGAGCGGAGAUUGGGGCUCACAUGGUUGCUGAAGUAAAGAAAGCUGAGAUGAUUCGGUCAGGCUUGCCCUAA